AACUGUAUCAUGUGAGGCAAUUUUCUAAAUUAUAUUAGUUUAAUAAAUUGAGGUUCAAGUUUCAAAGAGAUCUGUAGCAAUUUUUUUGUGAAAAUAAAAUUGGUGAAUCAUGGUGUUUCCGCUGCUUUUAUUUAAAAAAACUGAAAAUGAACACCUUCCAAUGCAAAAUUUUCCCGGAAAAGCGUUUCCCGGAAACUAUCCCUGGAAAAUUUCUACCCACCCUCCCCCGGCGCCAAACACAAUGAGCUCUCUCGCUGCCCAUCCCACAACCCUACGCCCAAAUGCCUCCAAAUUCUAAAUCACCUCGGUAAGCGUUUUUCAGAAAUUCCCACAACUCCCGCCACACUCAACUACCAUAGCACACAUCCCAAUGAAAUCCACAACCUUCGCCACUAAACUCCCAUCACCUUAGGGUUAGGGGGGUUCGAUCUCCAAUCCGCUUCAGAUCACAUCGAAACUCGAGAUGGGAUUAGGGUUUUAAUCAGCUUUCGUUUUCCCAGCACCUAUAAAUCUGUCAGUUUUUAGGGUCGACGACAAGAAGGCGCUCAGAGUAACUAAUGGGGCUAGGGUUUGUUCUUGAUCAAUGCUUUCAUGUGGGUUCAAUCGGGGUUUCAAAAUUUGUUCAGUUUCACAAAUUGUCAUUUCUAGGGUUUGUUUUCUAAUACUGGGUUCCAUUAUUGUUCUAUCAAUUGUUCAUUUCCAAUGUGUUCUAGCAAACUUAAAUUUGUAAACAUUUUUUUUCCUUGUAGAUUAUUCAUUUUCUAGGGUUUCGAUCUAGGAUGUUUUUCAUCUGGGUCCCCGUCUAAAUUGUUUGGUUUCAGGGGUUUUGAUCUGGAGUGUUGUUGAUGAAUGGCUCCAUCUCUGUUCUUUGUGAUAUGUAUUCUCCAUUCAUUGGUCACAUUAACAUGUGGGUCUUUAAUAAUGUUCUAUCUCAACGAAAUCUCAGUGCUGGGUCAUGGCACAGAAACAGCUAGAAAGCUCUUGGGUUCAACACCCCAUGACCAAUUGUUGAUCCAAAUAUCUGACUCUUUCGCUGGUUUGCUUCUGUUUAUGAUUGGGUUUUUGCUAUUCAUGGUGGCCUUUGUGAAGGACAGAGAGUUUCAGAGCUUCUUUGCUAAAGGGUGUGUUCUUCUCCAUGUCUCAAUGGCUCUUUGGAGGGUGUGCUUUGAGAGGAGGCUUGAAGAUUUGGCCUGGGAUUGGCCUAGGCAGGUGGCUGGGGACUUGGCCUUGGCUCUUUCAUGGGUUUUCUUUCUUGUGUAUUCUUGGAGGGAGAAGUAUGAUUAAUGGAUGAUUUGGGUGCAGAAUGAAUCAGAAUUCAGGGAUUUGUGAAGUGGGAAUUUGGUUUCUUUUUUUUUUUUCCCCUUUGUUUGUAAGGUUGUGGCAUGAAAGCACGGCUCAAAGAUGUAUAUAUUGGUGAUUGUGUAGUGAAAAGAAUUGAAAAGCCCUUGAUGGGUUACAUAUUGUGUUCUACCA